AUGUCCGGCCGUGGCCUGUCCGCUGAAACCAUCCACCGCAUCCUGAGUUUAUGCUCGGAUAGCAAGGCUCUCAAGAACAUCUCUCUCGUGUCUCGCGAGUUCCAGCACUCGUGUCAAAGCAUCCUCUUCGAAAAAGUCGUGCUAGACCCUGGACGAAAGCCCAAGCUCAUCGCCUUCCUGGGGUCCGCACGGCGAAUCAUAACCUACAUCCGCGAACUGGAUGUCGUUCUCACUCGGGCGUAUCCAAGGGCCACAGUCAGACCUCUCACCCCAGCCGUGAAGGAUUCGUUCAUCAAAUUCUUCGACCUCCUGCUAGGUGUUGAUGGUAAACCCAGUUUGUUGAAGGCAUUCUCGUUGGCUUUUGGAACGCAGACGGACGAGCUGCCGCGUGAAGUUGUGGAUGGGACGAUGGAGUGGCUCGUCACGCCCGUCUCAAACCUCAUUCAACGAUCCAAGUGUCUUCGGGUCCUCCACCUCGGACAAGUACCCAGGCUCGACUUGUUGCUGGAGUUGUGUCCUGCCUCCCUGCGGUGUCUCGAGAUCAUUGUACCGUGUACCGAAGCCAUUGCCAUCGAGGACGGUAAAGUUUCUUCCCCAGAGACCGAGGUCCCGGAGAAGCCAACGGUCGUCUUGGAAAGCCUCUCCAUCCUUGCGCCCCGCCCUGGCUCCUGCAACCCGGAUGAGCACGACGAAACUCCAGACACGCUCGAUACAUACAAAGCGCUCAAAGAUACCGUUGGCUACAUCACGGUGAAGACUGAAAAAGCGACAUUCGACUUGGCUCACCUUAAGAAACUCGCACUAUCAGUUUGCCUCACUUCGCCCGAUGAGACCAGUAACGAGGCCAAAUUCGGACAUGUGGUGGACGUCCUUGCUUUGUGCAAAGAUACGCUAGAGGAUUUCGAGCUGAACUUUUCUGCUCCUCCGACGGCCCGACACCCACCAAAUGCCCUCCAGGGAGUCCUCUACACCCUCCCCAAACUCCGACAUUUCCACUUGAAUUACACCGGGUUCGUGCAGCCUGAGUACGGCCGACCACAGGUACCAACCACUUCCUGGUUGCACACCUUGCUCACCGGCGGCGCUAAUGACCACCCACCAAACUCAAACACCACCGGACACCCCCUCGAGAAACUCACAAUCUCAAUCGACUGCCCAUCCGAAAAGUACAUGCUCGACGACUUUUCCGAAUCAUUCAAAACACCCGACCUCGACGCUCUCCUCUCCAACACCCUCCUCUUCCCCACAUUUAGAUCUUUAGAGUUUACACUAGACUUGCACUUUACCUGGCCGGAAUGGGCAGUCUCGAACGAGACGCGGUGGAAGAGGAUGACGCUUUUCAACAUCAGAUUAGUAGAGGAUCCGGGGGAGGCGAAAGCGUUCGUGAAGAUGGGGUUUCCCGGGCUGGUUGAGGAGGGCAAGGUGUUUGUUACAUGGGAGGGAGAGAUGGGGUUUACGUCCGAGUAUGAGUAUGGAGCGAUGGGGAGGAGACAGUUGAAGAAUGCCACAAUUUCCAGCGGGGACGUGGGACUCGGUGAGGACGAGGGCGAAGGAGAGGGCGACGAUCCGUACAGGGACGACUACUACCGCGAUGACGACGACCCGUAUAGGGGUUGA